UUCCACGUCACAUGCUGCUCUCUGUGUCCCUUGGACAGGAAGCAUUAGGCGCGCUCUUCUUCUGUUAGAGAACCAUUUCUGUGACUGGAGGAAAUCAUCCUGUUGCGGUGACAGGAGUGAGUGACUGGUUUCUGGGAGGCCGCAUUGGAUAUUAUUAACCUCCGGUUAGAACCAGUGUGUUUCUCUGUUUCUCCAGCCUUCUGUCCCUAAAGGUGUAAGAGGCAUAUCUCACAGAAGGUCCUAGUUCAAGCAAGGAAAAAUAUGGAAAUCCUGCACUGUUUUUCUCAGGUCCCCAAAGAGCAGAAUGAGCCCAUAUUUUCUCAAAUGAAAAUGGAAUGUAGAAAAAGACCAAAGGAGGUGACCAACAACCAAGACCAAAGUUCACACGGGGAACAAAAAACUCGACAAGAUCAGAGCACUCUCCCAAUUAAAAUUAUCAACAUCACCUUGGGGGUAAGCCCCGAGGAACAUAUGCACAUUCUCAUCCAUGGGGGGACAGGUCGCUUAUAUGAGGCACUCAACACCCUUGACCCUGUCAAAAGAGAGAUAGAAAGACAGCCAGGCAAAGAAAUGCUGGUGUGUGGCAAAGAAGGAAUAGAAGGGUACAUAAACCUUGGCAUGCCCCUUCGUUGUUUUCCGGAAGGCAGCCAUGUGGUCAUUACCUUUUCCAAAACUGAAAGUGAGGAGAAAGAAGAUAAUGAAGUGUGUGGCCGGUUUGACCAGUCUUCUGCUGAGUGUGUUGUAUUUUACAUUCAUGCAGUCGGGAAUAGGAUCCUGAGGUGCAGGGAACUUGACAAGGAGGGGAUCAAAGUCUGUGUGUAUGGCUUCAAAGGAGAGACCAUCAAGGCCACUCUGAGGAAGGAUGGCAGGUUUCAUUCCUUUGUGGAGAGUGACCAUUGGAAACUCAUCCACAAUGAUACCAUCAUAGCAAACACCCAGCUGGUUGAUGUGUUACAGGGUAGGCUCUUUCUGGUUGAGGUUGAAAGAAAGAAAAGCCCUUGGGUGGUAGCAGCAACUCUGAAUUCUGAGUUAGAGGACAGAAACUUCAGUGAGUUAAAAGGAUACAUUGUGAAUUUGUACCCCACAUUGAAAAGAGAACGGGAAAAACUGAGAGCAUACAUCAAGGAAGAAAGUGAGAAAAGAAAGAAAGCUAACUUAUUCAAAGAACAUAGAGCAAACUUCAGGAAGCUGACCCAAAACUCCAUCCCAGGUAAAGUCUUCAAACUUCUUUCACAGCUCAGUGACUCAGUUGGGCUCAUAGUUUGGAACAACAAUGGAAACAGGGGUAGUGCCACAUGCUUUGUUUUCAAAGGGAUGUACAUUUUCACUUGUCGACAUGUAAUAAAUGACAUUGUAGGGGAAGGUGUAGAGCCAAGUCAGUGGGCAGAUAUACUUAGUCAAUGUGUAAGAGUGACAUUUGAAUAUCAAGUGUUCCCCAUAAAAGAAGACAGCUAUUGCUCUGUUGAACCUUGGUUUGAGGUGUCUGAUGUAACUCUUGAUUAUGCUGUCCUGAAACUGAAAGGAAACGGACGGCAUAUUCCUACAGGACUCUGUAAUGGAACACCUUCUGAAUCAGUUAGUGGGUUUAUGUAUAUGAUUGGUCAUCCAGAUGGAAAAUACAAGGUUGUUGAUGGCUGUACUGUGGUACCUGAAAAUGAGCAAAGAAGGAAAUGUGAGGACAUUCAGGGAAGAGGAGCAGUGGAUGGCAGUGAUUCCAUGCAGUAUAUCUAUAUGUACACCCAAAGAAGUUUCCAGAAGAACAUCCAUGAACCUGGUGUGGCUACCUGGGAUAAAACUUUUUAUUGUGGGUCUUCUGGAUCUCCUAUAUUUGAUGCUAGAGGAUCACUGGUAGCCAUGCACACUGCUGGCUUCAUUUGGUUCUAAAGUGUUCACCUUCAUAUGGUCAGAGGCAACAAUGGAGAUUUAGUAAAGAAAGAAAACUUGGCAGAAAGAUGGUGAGACAUUGAUUAGUUUUGAAUAUUUUUAUCAAUUCUUUGAGAAUUCCAUGCAGUUUAUUUUGACCAUAUUCAUUCCUACUUGUUCCAGAUCCACCCCACCUUUCUACCUACCCAAUUCUCUGUCUCUUCUCUUUGUACAUUUAAUAGUCCAUGGAUUCCCAUCUGUUCUGUCCAUGUGCUUCUAAAUGUGGGCUGCCCACUGGAGUGUGGUCUACCUGCCAAAGCCUCACCCUUAAAGGAAACUGGCCUUUCCUUCCCUAGAAGCCAUCAACUGUCCACAGUUUUACAGGUAAAAUUGGGGCAGAGAUCAGUUAAUUAUUUCUGACAGAUUCCUGGGUUUACUUAGUAAUGAUACCUGUCUUAGUUAGGGUUCCUGUUGCUGUAAUAAAACAUCAUGAGCAAAAACAACUUGGGGGUGGGGAAGGGUUUAUUUCAGCUGAUAACGUGUAGUCCAUCAGUCAGGAAAGUCAAGGCAGGAACCUGGAGGCGAGAACUGCAGCAGAAGCCAGGAGGGAAUGCUGCUUACUGGUUUGCUCUCAUGGUUGCUCAGUUUGCUUUCUUAUAUAACUCAGAACUGCUUGCCCAAAGGUGGCACUACCUGCAAUGGGCUGGGUCUUCCGACUGUGCCAACAGCUGAUUAAGAAACAGCACCACAAGCUUGCCUACCUGCCAAACUCAUGGGGACAUUCUCUCAGGCAAGCUUCCUUCUUCCCAUAGGACUCGGGCUCAUAUGACAAUGACAAAGCACCAGCCAGCACACCACCUUUUUAGACCAUGAGAAAAAGCAAACACUUUAUGAACUGAACCAUUUUUCCAGCCCUGGAACUCCUGAUCCUCUCACCUUUACAAGUUCUUGGAGUUCUGACCCUGCUGCCUCCCUCUCCCAAGGGUUAGCAUUACAGGAAUAUGCCAGCAUAUCAGAUGUAUGAGGGGCCAGGAACCAAAUCCAGAACUCAGAGUAUGCUAGAUAGCCUCCAGAAAUGAUGACAACCAGCAUGAAGUAGCCCUUGAAGUUUGGAAUUCAUAACUGAACAAUAACGAACAAUGUCAAUCCAUAUUUGCCUUAAAUGAAAGUUCCAUCUGACUAGAGCACACUGUACUUGCAGCAUGGGGUGAAGCUAUUGAGUCUAUACUCAGCCCUGAGAUCAAGUAACACUUUCAGAAGGUGUAGAGAAUCAUUUGAAUAUGAUCGAUGUUGCUCACGGAUGCAACAACUCAAAGAUAUAUAAACUGAGGAUGCUUCCUAAGUGGCUGCUCUGAGGGUCUCAUUUUAAAGUAAAUAUUGGUUAUCCAAAGAUCAAACGCCUACUUCACAGUGGCUCUUGGGAGGAGGGUAAAGAUUCUGAACAAGUAAGAACUUGAAGAAAAUGAAGUACUCUUUGUAUCUAUGCCUGAGUGGUGAGACUGUCAAGAAGCUCUCUGCAAAGUUGGCCAACUGUGGUCUGACCUAAAUGAAUUCAAA